AUGGCACCGCCCAGAAUCCUGCUCCUAGGCACGAUUGACUACGCGCAAGAUGCCUGGGACUCACUGUCUGCCCAUGGCCAACUCGUCACUCCCAAGUCAAGCAACCGAGCCGAUUUCUUUGAAGAAUGCCGAUCUGGAGCGCUUGAUGGUGUGGUCGCUGCCUAUCGUACGUUUCCAUCAGUCGCAAUCACAGGCCGCUUCGAUGCUGAGCUCUGUAAUGCACUGCCCAAGUCCUUGCGCUUCCUUGCUCAUUGCGGCGCCGGCUAUGACCAGAUCGACUCCGAAGCAUGCUCGAAACGAGAUCCGCCACUUCUUGUGGCCAAUGUGCCAGAUCCUGUCAACGAUGCCACAGCUGACACGGCGAUCUUUCUCAUGCUUGGCGCCCUCCGAAAUUUCAACGAGUGUAUGAACAGUUUACGGCGUGGCCACUGGCGAGACAGUCCUGCACCAAGUAUGGGUCACGAUCCCCAGGGUAAAGUCCUCGGAAUUUUGGGCAUGGGCGGAAUCGGCAGGAAUAUGAAACGAAAAGCGGAAGCUUUUGGUAUGACAACCGUCUACCACAAUCGCAACAAGCUGUCGGAGCAGCUGGCGGAUGGUGCAGAGUAUGUGAGCUUUGAGGAGCUUCUAAAACGAGCCGAUGUACUCAGCCUGAAUCUGCCCUUGAACCCGCAUACGAGGCACAUCAUUUCAACGCAGCAGUUACAGCUGAUGAAGCCAAGCGCUGUCAUUGUCAACACAGCGAGAGGCGCGGUGAUGGAUGAAGCAGCGCUGGUGAAGGCGCUUGACGAUGGCACUAUAGCUGGCGCCGGGCUGGAUGUUUAUGAGGACGAGCCAACGAUUCAUGAAGGCCUUUUGAAAAAUGAAAAGGUGGUCUUGCUUCCUCAUGUAGGAACGUACACCUUUGAAACGAUGCGCAAUAUGGAGUGUUGGGCGAUCGACAACGUCAGACUGGCAGUUACAGAAGGGAAACUGAAGAGCCCGAUCGCUGAGCAAAAGGCUCUUGCGCCGUGA